GUUCAUUCAGCUCACUGAAACGCGUAUCGGAAACGUUGUAAGUAAACGCUAUGGCAGCUCCCGAACUGCGCCUCAAUCAUACCAUCUACAUCAACAACCUGAACGAGAAGAUUAAGAAAGAUGAACUGAAGAAGUCUCUAUAUGCCAUAUUCUCCCAGUUUGGGCAGAUUCUAGAUAUCUUAGUCUCUCGCAUCGUCAAGAUGAGGGGACAAGCCUUCGUGAUUUUCAAAGAGGUCAACAGUGCGUCCAAUGCUCUGCGCUCCAUGCAGGGAUUCCCUUUUUAUGACAAACCAAUGCGUAUUCAGUAUGCGAAAACAGACUCGGACAUAAUUGCCAAAAUGAAGGGUACUUAUGUAGAGCGUGACCGUAAGAAGGAGAAAAAGAAGACCAAGGGCCCUGAGGCUGGUGCAGGGAAGAAGGGCGUGGCUGCGGCUGCCCCGGCAAUGGGCCCAGGGGUACCAGCUGCCAUGCCGGGCAUGCCACCCAUGAGUCAGGCUCCUCGUAUGAUGCCCAUGCCAGGACAGCCACCUUAUAUGCCGCCUCCUGGCAUGAUGCCACCUCCCGGCAUGGCUCCAGGACAGAUGCCUCCAGGUGCUAUGCCACCUGGACAGAUGAUGCCAGGACAGAUGCCAGGGCAAAUGCCGCAUGCACAGCAGGUUUCAGAGAACCCACCAAACCAUAUCCUGUUUCUCACCAACCUGCCAGAGGAGACCAACGAACUUAUGCUGUCCAUGCUUUUCAAUCAGUUCCCAGGGUUCAAAGAGGUACGUCUUGUCCCUGGUCGGCACGACAUCGCCUUCGUGGAGUUUGAUAAUGAGGUGCAGGCAGGUGCAGCGCGGGAAGCACUGCAGGGUUUCAAGAUCACUCAGAACAAUGCUAUGAAGAUCUCCUUCGCCAAGAAAUAGUCUUCCUCUUUUUUCUUUUUUUUUCCCUCAUGCAAACACACACACACAUCUGCCCCUCAGAAUGCAACACACAAAAGACUUGAUCCUUACCAGACCGGUUCUAAAAAUCUAAAACACUCUGUUUGCUGAAACUGUUGUGAACAUGUCUUAUAGAUGGCACCCAGUGUAUUGACUCAUCUGUGAGCUGAGGUGUUGAGAGCUAAAUGAAGUGCAGUCAUUUGAAGGCAUCCUUGGAAUAGCCUCAGGUAUGACAGUGCAGUGUUUGCAGUCAUGGCCGUAUGAGUGUGUGUUUGUAUAAUCACAGCCAAAGGUAAGGAACACUCUUUGGUUUCUUGUGAGAUACAGCGAGGAAUUUUAGUUUGUGAAGUUUAGAGGUUAAC